AUGGAGCUUGACCCCGCCUGGGGCCUCGAGGAGUCGCCCUACAUCACUCGAAAACUCCCGAGCGUUGUCAAGUCUGUGGGUGAGGUCUCCCUUGACCAAUACCGUGUCCAGUCCAUCAAGGAUCUUGCGGGCCGCGCUGUGCAGGCGGAUGAUGUGGAGGAGUUCUUCAACUUGCAUCUCCCGUGUCCGGGUUUCCGGAAGCAAAAGCGUGGUGCGAAGGCUUUCAAGUGCCCAAAGAACAACCCCUUUGCAGCUCUUGAGGAUGCGGACAAGAUGUCGGAGGUGAAGGUGGUUCGACUACUUAACCAGGCCAUCGUCCAGCACAAGCUCGUACCUGGUUUAGUGCUGUCGCGGUGCGAGAAUCGACCGGACUUGAAGAAGAAGUCACGAAAGAAGAGCAAGAAGGAUGACGAGUCGAAGCCGAAGGUCGAUAUCUUGCGCCAGAAGAUCGAUGCCGCAUUCUUUCGCGAGUUCUGCGCACCCAAGGACUGUCGCGGCGACUAG